AUGAGGAUCACGGAAAUUGUGAUAGACGGCUUUAAAUCGUACGCCGUGCGUACGGUGAUCUCAGGAUGGGACGAAUCUUUCAACUCGAUCACCGGUCUAAACGGCAGUGGCAAAUCCAACAUCCUCGAUGCCAUUUGUUUCGUUCUCGGCAUCACCAACAUGAGCACCGUCCGAGCGCAAAACCUCCAAGACCUCAUCUACAAGCGCGGCCAGGCCGGUGUGACCAAGGCCAGUGUCACAAUUGUCUUUGACAAUCGCGAUACGGCUAAAUCGCCAAUUGGAUUCGAGGAGUACGCAAACAUCUCCGUCACCCGACAGAUCGUGCUGGGCGGCACCAGCAAAUACCUCAUCAAUGGCCAUCGCGCGCAACAGCAGACCGUUCAAAAUUUGUUCCAGAGCGUUCAGCUGAACAUCAACAACCCUAAUUUCCUCAUCAUGCAAGGUCGAAUCACCAAGGUCUUGAACAUGAAGGCGGUGGAAAUUUUGUCCAUGAUCGAAGAAGCGGCCGGAACCCGGAUGUUCGAGGACCGACGGGAGAAGGCCAACAAGACGAUGGCGAAGAAGGAGUUGAAGCUUCGGGAGAUUGAGGGUCUCUUGAAGGAAGAAAUUGAGCCUAAGCUGGAGAAGCUUCGGUCGGAGAAGCGUGCAUUCCUCGACUUCCAGCAGACCCAAAACGACCUCGAGCGUUUGACUCGGCUCGUUGUGGCCCAUGACUAUGUACGCGGAGGCGAGCGAUUGCGCAGCGCCGGCGAAGAAUGCGACGGCAAGAGGGAUAAGGUCCAAAAACUGGAAGAGAACGCGACGCGGUUGAAAAGCGAAAUUGCGCACUUGGAAGAGGAUGUGAAACGCGUUCGAUCAGCGCGAGAUAAGGAAUUGCGAAAGGGUGGUAAAUUCCAAGGCCUCGAAGAUGAUGUCAAGAAUCAUUCGCAUGAACUUGUGCGAUUAACGACCGUCUUCGACCUCAAGAUCUCUAGCGCUGAAGAAGAGAAGGAGAAGCGAAAGGCCAUCCAAGCCAACGUCAAGGAGCUCACCAAACUCCUCCUGGAGAAGCGGAAGGUCUACGAGAAGUUGCAGGCCCAGUAUGACGCCGCCAAGGCCGAGCUUGAUGCCCAGAAUGCUGAAGUGGAUCAAAAAGAGGAGCUGCUUCAGACUUUACAGACUGGUGUUGCCUCCAAGGAAGGCCAGGAGAGCGGUUAUCAGGGACAAUUGCAGGAUGCGCGUAACAGGGCCAGCAACGCUGCUACGGAACAAGAACAAGCGAAACUCAAGAUUGCUCAUCUCGAAAAGAGAAUCAAGGAGGAGGAACCCCGCGCCAAAAAAGCCAAAGAACAGAAUUCCGGGCUUCUCAAAGACUUGGAAGGUCAGAAAUCACAGGCUCAGAAGCUAGAGCAAGAGCUGGCGCGGCUUGGCUUCGAACCAGGCAAGGAGGAACAAAUUUACCAAGAACAAUCAGGACUCCAGCGAGACAUUCGCGAUCUUCGCCAACGAGCCGAUGGCCUGCGCAGGAAAGCAGCCAACGUCGACUUCAACUAUACCGACCCUCAUCCAAAUUUCGAUCGCUCCAAGGUCAAGGGAUUGGUUGCACAAUUGUUCACUCUCAACAAAGAUAAGCUCCCCGCUGCGACUGCUCUCGAGAUUUGUGCCGGGGGUCGUCUUUACAACGUAGUAGUUGAUUCCGCGGAAACCGGUACUCAGCUUCUUCAAAAUGGAAAACUGCGAAAGCGCGUGACCAUCAUUCCCCUGAACAAGAUUUCCGCAUUCAAAGCUUCCGCCGAGAAGAUUGGAGCAGCUCAAAACAUCGCACCCGGGAAAGUUGAUCUUGCCUUAUCCCUGAUCGGGCACGACGACGAAGUGAUCUCCGCGAUGAACUAUGUCUUCGGCAACACCCUUAUCUGCAAUGACGCAGAAACAGCAAAGAAAGUCACUUUUGAUCCUUCGGUCCGCAUGAAGAGUGUCACUUUGGAGGGGGAUGUCUAUGAUCCCUCUGGAACGCUGUCCGGAGGUAGCUCCCCAAACUCAAGCGGUGUUCUAGUAACCCUGCAAAAGUUGAAUGAAAUCACGAAGGAGCUCCGAAGCAAGGAACGCCAACUGUCUGCUUUGGAAGAGAACAUGAAGAGGGAGAAGAAGAAGAUGGAUUCCGUGCGGUCCAUCAAGCAAGAGUUGGAUCUCAAGACCCACGAGAUCAAGCUCACAGAAGAGCAAAUCAACAGCAACUCGUCUUCAUCGAUCAUCCAUGCAGUCGAGGAAAUGAAAGCAAAUAUUGAGCAACUCAAACAGGAUAUUACCGAUGCCAAAAAUCGCCAAUCCGAGGCCUUGAAAGAUAUCAAGCGGAUCGAGAAAGAUAUGAGCGAGUUCGACGACAACAAGGAUAGCAAGCUUGCUGAGCUUGAGGCUGCGCUCAAUGGUCUCAAGAAAAGUCUUGCCAAGAAUUCAGCAUCUAUCAAAGAACUUCAAAAAGAGCUACAGGCAUCUCGCCUUGAUUCUGAACAAGUCGGGAGUGACCUUUCUGCCGCAGAGGAACAACUGGCAGAGUCAGAAAACACUUUGAAGGCCCAAGAUGAGGAGAUCGAGUCUCUGAAGCGAGAGCAAGCGCGACUGAAGGAUGCCCACGAUAUUGCUCAAGCUCAGUUGGAUGACGAGCGUGCCAAGUUGACUGGAUUUGAUGAGGAACUUCGUGAACUCGAGGACGCCAUUCACAAGAAAUCUUCCCAAAUCACGGAAGAAGGGCUGGAGAUGCAAAAACUUGGACACCAACUUGAGAAGUUACAGAAAGAUCAGCACACGGCCUCUCAAGCUGUUGCUCACAUGGAGCAGGAGCAUGAGUGGAUCGCGGAUGAAAAGGAGCAGUUUGGCCGACCAAAUACGCCAUAUCAUUUCCAGGGGCAGAACAUCGCCGAAUGCAAAUCAACAUUGCGCAAUCUGACGGAGCGUUCCCAGGGCAUGAAGAAGAAGAUCAAUCCCAAGGUCAUGAACAUGAUCGAUAGUGUCGAGAAGAAGGAAGCCGCCCUUAAGAAUAUGAUGAGAACUGUCAUUCGCGACAAGAGCAAGAUUGAGGAAACCAUCAUUAAUCUUAAUGAAUACAAGAAGGAGGCCCUGCACAAGACCUGGGUUAAGGUCAACGGCGAUUUUGGACAGAUCUUUAACGAGCUUCUGCCAGGCAGUUUUGCCAAGCUAGACCCGCCCGAGGGUAAGGACAUCACCGACGGAUUGGAGGUGAAGGUUUCCCUUGGUAAGGUGUGGAAGCAGAGCUUGACGGAAUUAAGUGGUGGGCAAAGAUCUCUCAUUGCUUUGUCGCUCAUCAUGGCCCUUCUGCAGUUUAAACCCGCUCCGAUGUACAUUCUUGACGAGGUUGACGCUGCACUGGAUUUAUCACACACGCAAAAUAUCGGUCGACUCAUCAAGACUCGCUUCAAGGGCUCCCAGUUCAUAGUCGUAUCACUGAAGGAUGGCAUGUUCCAAAAUGCAAACCGUAUCUUCCGAACGCGGUUCAGCGAGGGUACCAGUGUUGUUCAGGCACUUACCCCUGCUGACAUGAAAUAA